AUAAACCCUUGACAAACCAAGGCAAAAGCAAGUUUGAGAGAGAAGAAUGGCGACGACGAAGAAAAACAGAACCCAAGUGACGAAAAACAAAGAGAGUGAAAAGAAACCAAAACUUACUGGUGAUGGAACCAAGAAAGAAAUCAAAGAAGAAAAUAGCGUUUUUGCUGCUUGUUCCUUCACUAGCCUUGGUCUUCACCCUACCUUAUGUGAGCAACUUCGUGAAAGGAUGGGGUUUGAAGGUCCAACAUUAGUUCAAGCUCAAGCCAUUCCUGUUGUUCUCUCUGGCCGUCAUGCACUGGUUAAUGCUGCUACGGGCACAGGGAAGACUAUUGCAUACCUGGCUCCAAUAGUUCAUCAUUUGCAGGGUUAUGAUAAGCGAAUUGAACGCUCUGAUGGAACAUUUGCGUUGGUUCUUGUACCAACGCGCGAGUUAUGUUUGCAGGUUCAUGAAAUUCUUCAGAAAUUAUUGCACCGAUUUCAUUGGAUUGUUCCUGGAUACAUAAUGGGUGGUGAAAGUAGAUCAAAGGAGAAAGCCAGGCUGCGCAAAGGCAUAUCAAUUCUUAUUGCAACUCCUGGGCGCCUUUUGGAUCACUUGAAGAAUACAUCAUCAUUCUUGUAUACAAAUUUGCGUUGGAUAAUUUUUGAUGAAGCUGAUCGUAUUUUGGAAUUAGGGUUUGGAAAAGAGAUACAAGAAAUACUAGAUCUUUUAGGUUCCACGAAGACAGGGCUCGGCGACCAAGAAAACACAGUUCCAAGACCCUCUAAAAGUCAAAGACAGAACCUUCUUUUAUCAGCCACUUUAAAUGAGAAAGUAAAUCACCUUGCAAAAAUUAGCUUAGAGGAUCCAGUAAUGAUUGGUAUUGAUGAUGAAAUAAUGCUACCAACGUCAAAAAUUAGAUUUGAUCAUUCAGAUUCUGACGAAGACAAUGAAGACAAACAUUCCAAUAAAAUACCAGCAGUUGGAGCUUAUAAAGUUCCGGUACAGUUAAUUCAGAGAUACUUGAAAGUGCCUUGCGGAUCACGGCUUGCUGUACUUCUUUCAGUUCUUAAGAAUCUUUUUGAAAGGGAUCCUUCACAGAAGGUUGUGCUAUUCUUUUCAACAUGUGAUGCAGUGGAUUUCCACUAUUCACUUUUAAGCGAAUUCCAUUUCUCGUCCUCUCCACAAACCGAAGAAGGGAACAGACCGAAGUUUCUUGGAUGCAAAACUCUUCGGCUACACGGUAAUAUGGAACAGGAGGACAGGACAAACAGUUUUCAGGCCUUUAAAACUGACAAAUCUGCCCUUCUUUUGUCUACCGAUGUUUCUGCCAGAGGCCUUGAUUUUCCAAAGGUUAGGUGCAUCAUACAAUAUGAUUCUCCCGGGGAAGCUACUGAAUAUGUGCAUAGAGUUGGUAGAACUGCUCGACUUGGCGAAAGAGGAGAGUCAUUGUUAUUUCUGCAACCAGCUGAAAUAGACUAUUUACAAGACUUGGAGAAACAUGGUGUCUCACUAACAGAAUAUCCUCUCUCCAAAGUUUUAGAUAGUUUUCCAAUUUCUGGAAACAAGAACGUAAAGAAAUCUGUUUUCAUAGACUUACAUCCCUGGAUCCUUUGUCUCCAGAAGGCGCUUGAGUCGUUCAUCGCGUCGAAGCCGAAGAUCAAUGAACUUGCCAAGAGAGCAUUUUGCUCUUGGGUCCGUGCAUACACCGCACAUCGUGGAGAUCUGAAAAGAAUAUUUAUGGUCAAGAAACUUCAUUUGGGGCAUGUAGCGAAAAGCUUUGCAUUGAAACAACAGCCCUCCUUAGUCGGAAAGUCAUUCCAAAACCAAACUAAAAAGAGAAAGAGAUUUGAGAAGAAAAAUGGGAUGUCGAAUAAGAGAAGAGUUGCACGUGUGACUUAAUGCACACCAUGAAAAUGACUUAUAAAUUAUCAUCUAAGUUUUUACUCAGAAGUGUUGUCGGCCAGUCUCUCAGUGUGUGUCCAAGACGUGUCUAACAAGUGUCCAAGGCCUUCUUAAUUCAGAGAGACAAGAACGACACUAACAGACAACAUGUUUGUUUCUCCAUUCAGGAGUCCUUAAAAAUGGUCGUUUCAAUGCAAGAGAUUCUUCUCACAAAACAAACCUCUGAAAUACGUGCCAGGUUAAGUAGACACUUAUCUGAUCACAAGAAUGGUAUGUAGAUGUAUGAGAUUAUAAUUUCAUGAAGUUAUGGUUUUGGUCUGUUUCUGGAAUUUGGAUUCCUCAUGUUACUUGGAAUUUUGUUUUGUUUUGUUUUCCCAAGUUACUUUGCACUAUAGAAGUGGAAGUACUGUCUAGUCUCUCCGGUCUCAUAUAUAAGUAAAAGUAGGUCAACAAAAAUUGAUAUAUUUGGUAUAGAAUUUGGACCAAAUAUAUCAACUUUGGUUGACUAUACAUUUGCUAAGUACCUUUGCUAUAUGUUGUCUUAAAAAUAUGUUUAUGAUUAAUUUAGUUUAUUUUUUUCAGUUAA